AUGGGUGUAGAUCGAUCUGCUAUCCUAAUAUAUACAUUACAAACUGUUAAGUUAUUCGAUGAUAUGAUAGUAACAAAUGAAAAAUGGUUAGAAUUAUCAACAGAAUUUGGAAAGCAAUACUGUACUCUUUUUAACAACAAUAUCACAUCCUACCUAGAUUUAUUCAUCGCUCAUUUUGGGGAUAUCUUAAAAAGGUUUGGAGGAUCGUUGGAGCGUUUGGCAAACUUUGGAAUUGAAAAUAGGCAUAAGUUCAUCAAGCUUAUUUUUUCCUGUUCAAACUUUCAUUUUGCUACUGAAACAUUUUACAAGACUCUGUUCCUAAAAUGCUAUCGUUGGUCGCGACCAAUAUCAAGAUCACAAGACAAGGAGAAGAGCGAUCUCUUUGAUGAUUGUACUGAUACUAUACCACAUGAAAAUCAAAGCUCAUCUAACCAAGUUUUAGAAAUUUAUACAUCUGAUAGUAAUAAUUCUACAAGUUCAUUUUCAAAAAAUUCUACCAAUAAACGUAAAUGA